AUGAUGGUAAUAGAAAGGCCCUCCAAUAUUCUCCUGCUCUUGGGUUUUCUGUUAGUGCAGUACUCAUGCAUGUUUCAGUUGGCCCAAUCUUCCACCAACUUUACCGACCAAUCAGCUCUCAUUGCCUUCAAUUCUACAAUCACUUCCGGCCUAGACGAAACUGUCUUGGCUAGUAACUGGUCCACGACUACAAACUUCUGCAAUUGGAUUGGGAUCUCGUGUGGCAGACGCAGGCAAAGAGUCACUGGUUUGAACCUUUCCAGCAUGGGGCUUCAAGGCACCAUUUCUCCUCAUAUUGACAACCUAUUGGAAGGUAGUAUCCCUCCAACUUUGCAUAAUUGUCAGAAUCUUCGAGUAAUAGAUCUAACGAGUAACAGUCUUACGGGUGCAAUUCCAUCAACCCUCGCCAACAUGUCAUCGUUAGACUACUUGAAUUUGGAAUACAACAACCUCACUGGUCCAUUUCCUUUUUUCAUCUUUAACAUAUCUUCUCUAACCAUAAUUGGUCUUACAUACAAUCACAUCUCAGGAACUCUUCCAAUUGAUCUCUGCAGCCAUUUUCCUAAUCUUCAAGCACUUGCCAUUUCAGAAAACGAAUUUAGUGGUCAACUCCCAUCACGAAUGAAUUAUUGUAGAGAGCUUAGUUUUGGGAGUCUAGAAAAGCUUGAAUUCCUAGCUCUUGGAGGUAACAACUUAACCGGUAAUAUACCUCCUACCAUAAGUAACUUGUCGGGGUUAUCUUCAUUUUCCAUUGAGAGUAACAACAUUGAAGGAAGCAUUCCGAUUGAUUUAUGGAGUCUUCCAAAUUUGUCGGUGUUGAAUUUUCAACUCAAUGCUCUCACAGGGGAAAUACCCCAAAACCUUUUCAAUAUUUCCUUUCUACAAAUAAUCUCCUUGGCAGCUAAUUUCCUAUCUGGCAAUCUUCCAUCAGAUUCUGGAUUUUCAUGCCCCAAUCUUGAAUUUCUACUUUUUGCUGUUAACAAAUUUAGUGGCCCCAUCCCAUCGUAUCUUUCAAAUUGUUCCAAGCUUGUCCGCGCAGAUUUUGCGGGAAACUUACUCUCCGGGCCAAUUCCCACAAGUCUUGGACACUUAAAAUACCUCCAAUCACUUCUUCUAAAUGGCAAUCAGCUAACAGGAGAGCCUGAAAAUCAAGAGCUUAAUUUCUUUUCAUCUUUAUAUAAUUGCAGAGUUUUGGAAUUCUUAUCCCUAUCCAAUAAUCCCUUGGAUAUUACUCUUCCGUAUUCUAUUGGAAACCUUUCAGCCACUCUUCAUUCCAUUCUUCUAUACCAAUCCCAAAUAAAAGAGCAUAGAGUGAUUUCAUAUCAAGAGCUUUGCCAAGGGACAAACAACUUUUGUGAAAGCAACUUGCUUGGAGCUGGAGGUUUUGGUUCUGUGUACAAAGUCAUUCUGCUUGACGGGACUACUGUUGCUAUUAAACUUCUCAAUUUGCAAUUGGUUGGUGCUUUCAAAAGUUUUGAUGCAGAAUGCAAGUUGGCCCAAUCUUCCACCAACUUUACCGACCAAUCAGCUCUCAAUGCCUUCCAUUCUAAUAUCAUCUCCGGUCCAAACCAAACUGUCUUGGCUGCUAAUUGGUCCACAGCUACAAACUUCUGCAGUUGGAUUGGGGUCUCAUGUAGCCGACGCAGACAAAGAGUCACAGCUUUGAACCUUCGCCUCAUGGGUCUUCAGGGCACCAUUUCUCCACAUAUUGGUAACCUCUCUUUCUUGAUUUACCUUAAUCUACGCAACAAUAGCUUUUUUGGUUCUUUUCCUCAUGAGAUCAGUCGCCUACAUCGCUUGAGAAUACUCCAGCUGUCAUUCAACCAAUUGGAAGGUAGCAUCCCUCCAACUUUGCAUAAUUGCCGGAAUCUUCAAGGAAUACUACUUGCGGGAAACCAUCUUACGGGUGCAAUUCCAUCAACCCUCGCCAACAUGUUGUCAUUAGAGGCCUUGGAUUUGGAAGACAAUAGCCUCACAGGUCCAUUUCCUCCUGUCAUCUUUAACAUAUCCUCUCUAGCCGAAAUAGGCCUUUCAAAUAAUCAAAUCUCAGGAACUCUUCCAAUGGAUCUAUGUAGCCAUUGUCCUAAUCUUCAAGGACUUUAUCUUUACUUGAACGAGUUCAGCGGUCAACUCCCUUCACAAAUAAACCAUUGUAGAGAGCUUGCAGUCUUAGACCUAUCAUACAAUAAAUUUGAAGGCAGUAUUCCAAAAGGUUUUGGAAGUUUAGAUAAGCUUGAAGAGCUAUAUCUUGGAGGUAACAACUUAACCGGUAAUAUACCUCCUACCAUAAGUAACUUGUCGAGGUUAUAUGUAUUUGGCAUUGAGGAAAACAACAUUAAAGGAAGCAUUCCGAGUGAUUUAUGGCAUCUUCCAAAUCUGGAACUAUUGAAUUUAGAAGAAAAUUAUAUCACAGGGACAAUCCCCCAAAGCCUCUUCAACAUGUCCUCUCUACAAAAAAUCUCCUUGGUUAAUAAUUCCCUAUAUGGCAGUCUUCCAUCAAAUUCUGAAUUUUACUGCCCCAGUCUUGAACUUCUAACUUUUGGUCUCAACAAAUUUAGUGGUCUCAUCCCAUCACAUCUUUCAAAUUGUUCCAAGCUCGUAGUAUUAGAUUUAAGUUCAAACAUACUCUCUGGACCAAUACCAAAAAGUCUUGGACACUUAAAAUACCUUCAAAUACUUGGUCUAUCUGACAAUCAGCUAACAGGAGAGCCUAAAGAUCAAGUGCUUAAUUUCCUUUCAUACUUAUCUAAUUGCAGAGUUUUGGAAUUGCUGGAAAUAUCCAAUAAUCCAUUGGAUAUUACUCUUUCGGAUACCAUCGGAAACUUUUCAACCACCCUUAGAACCAUUAGUGCACACCAAUGCCAAAUAAAAGGUCGUGUUCCUAUGAGUAUAGGUUCCUUAAGAGGCUUGACCUGGCUUGAUCUGAGCAAUAACAAUUUGACUGGAAACAUGCCAUCCACAAUUGGAAGAUUGGAGGGGUUACAAAGAUUACAUCUUGGUGGUAAUAAGAUCAAAGGAUUCAUUCCAGAAAGCAUAUGUCAACUAAAGAACUUAGGUGAGUUAGAUCUUUCAAAUAACAAAAUCUCUGGAUCCAUCCCAAAUUGCAUUUCGAACCUCAAUAUUCUGCAGAAGCUAUACCUGAGUUCUAAUAGGCUGGAAUCACCAAUACCAUUAAAUUUAUGGAACCUUGAGAAUCUAUUGUUUUUGAACCUAUCAUUGAAUUCCCUUGGUGGGUAUUUGUCUCCAAACAUGAAAAAAUCGAAGGUUAUUGUAGCCAUCGAUUUAUCUUGGAACCAAAUUACUGGAAAUAUUUCAAGCAUCAUUGGAGCUUUUGAAAGCCUAAAUUAUCUUGAUUUGUCAAGGAACUCAUUUCAAGGAGACAUUCCACAAUCUUUUGGAGACUUGAAAGGAUUAGAUGUGUUAAAUCUCUCAUACAAUAAUCUCUCUGGUGUAAUUCCUAAAUUUCUUGAGGCACUUUUACAUCUCAAGUAUUUGAAUGUAUCUUUCAACAAGCUAUCCGGAGAGAUACCAUCUAGCGGGCCUUUUGCAAAUUUCACAGCUAAAUCAUUUUUAGGAAACAAAGCACUUUGCGGGAAUCCAAUUUUCGGAGUUUUACCUUGUCAAAGUCUGAACUCCAAAGGAUCAAAAGUGAAACAGAGUCUGCUCAAAUAUUUUCUUCCUGCCAUUGCUUCCAUUAUACUCUGUUUAGCAUUGGUCUAUAUGUUGAGAAGACACCGAGAAAGUAAAAUACAGCUUCCAAGUUUAUUUAGUUCAUUGUCUUUAUCAAAGCAUAGAAUGGUAUCAUAUCAAGAGCUUUGCCAAGGGACAAACAACUUUUGUGAAAGCAACUUGCUUGGAGCUGGAGGUUUUGGUUCUGUUUACAAAGGCGUGUUGCUUGACGGGACUGUUAUUGCCAUUAAAGUUCUAAAUUUGCAAUUGGCCAAUGCUUUCAAAAGUUUCAAUACAGAAUGCAAGGUCUUACAGACAAUCCGACAUAAGAAUCUUGUUAAAGUCAUAAGUACAUGCUCUAACCUUGAGUUUAGAGCUUUAGUACUACAAUAUAUGUCGAACGGUAGCCUUGAAAGGUGGUUAUACUCUUAUAACUACUGCUUGAAUCUUCUUCAAAGAGUAAACAUUAUGGUUGAUGUUGCAUCGGCGUUGGACUAUCUCCACCACUGUCUAUCAGAAUCUGUGGUUCACUGUGAUUUGAAGCCUACCAAUAUCCUUCUAGACGAAGGACAUGAGUAUGGUUUUGAAGGAAAAGUCUCCAUCAAAGGCGAUGUUUAUAGCUACGGUAUAACAUUGUUGGAGAUGAUCACAAGGAAGAAACCUACCGACAAUAUGUUUGAAGGAGAAUUGACUAUGAGGCAAUGGAUAAAUGCAUCACUUCCUGACAGAAUGAUGAAAGUUGUGGAUGACGCUUUAUUGAGAACAGAAAAUGGAAGAGAUGUAACUACCAUGCAAAGUGCUCUAUCAUCCAUCAUGGAAUUAGGUUUAAGGUGUUCUGAAGAGUUACCAAAUGAAAGAGUCGAUAUCAAAGAUGUGCUUGUGAAACUUCAAAAAAUUAAAUUGACUCUUUCUGAAAACAAAAAUCGGGGUAUCUGA